AUGGACGACGACGUAGCCCCUAACGGCACCCAGGACGACGCGGAGGACGACCUGGACGCGGAUCUAGGAGGAGGAAACGCGAAUGACCUCGUGAGGCUCGCGUUGUUCAGCGAGCAGAAGCGCAUACCGCUUCGUAGGGACGACAUCAACAAAAGGGUGCUGGGAUCGCGAUCGCGCACAUUCAAUGCGGUAUUCCACCUCGCUCAGUCGAAGCUGCAGAACAUUUUUGGCAUGGAGAUGGUCGAGCUGCGUUCGCGUGCAGCUGCCAACGCCGAUGGCGAAGAGGGUGAAGGAAACGACGUACAAGCCACGGGUGUUCGCAAAAGAGGUGCCGCUACCGGAUCUAAGACCUACAUUCUGCGCUCGACCUUACACCCCACGAUCAUCGAGCACGCGUCCAUUGCAGACGAGAAGAUCAUAGAAGAAGAAAUCGCCGCUUUGCCCGAUGACGAUGAUGAAGACGACGACGACAUCGUCCCGCGGAAUAACGGGAGUGUGAUUGCGUGGAACAGCUCGGACCAGCUCGGCGCGGUCGGCGUGCUCUACGUCGUGCUCGCGCUGAUCCUCGUCAACGGUCGUAUCAUGAACGACAUGGACCUCCGAACGCAGCUCAAACGCCUCCGCUUAUCGUCCAACAACAACGACCGCAUUGAGCUCACCGCGACGAGCACGCACCACGAUCUCCCUGUGGACGACUUCCUCAGGCAGUGCGUGCGCCAGGGCUAUCUGGACAAGCAGAAGACGGGCGACGCAAAAAGUCAAGGUGGGAAACGCGGCCGGCCGUCGCAACAACAAGAAGACGGCAGCGCGACGUACGAAUGGCGUUGGGGUCCGCGCGCACAAAGCGAGGUGGGCGAACGCGGCAUAGGCCAGUUCGUCGCCGCGUUCAUGGUCGAGCGAACGCGGGACGGCGAUGAAGACGAGGAGCAAGACGAAGGCGCCGCCACCCAAGGCCGGCGCAAGGAAACUCAGGCCAAGAAUAAAAUUGAGGCGGUCUACAAGGGCAUCGAGCGCGCUGCUGGGGGCACGCUGUCUGACGUCAAGUAG